AUGUCUAAAGCUCGACAACGAACAAUUCACAUUGUUUCCUUAUCAGAACCAUCUUCAUCUACAAAGGAAGAAUCUAAAUUACCAAAUGAUCUUCCAACAUUACUAUUAAAUCUUCAUAAUAUUCUUUUAAAAAAAUCAGAAGCUAAUGGUGAAAUUGAUUCUAAUAUUUCUCAAUAUAUUAAAUCAAUUCAAAGCAAAAUUCAAGAACUUACUAAUCUUACUCAACCUACGGUAAUAUUUGAUAUAUUACAAGCAACAUUAAAAACGUAUAUUGAUAAAUUACUUUCAAUAAAAACAUGUCCAAAUAUUAUUUCCAAUAGUUCAUUUCAACAAAUAUUUAAUUAUUUGAUUUCUACUCAAAUUACACUUAAUUUAUCGUCUAUAUUUGAAAAUAACCCACUUUAUGCUCGUACUGUUUUUUAUCGUUCAUUUGAUUUAUUAUCAUUACCUCUUAUGACUGAUUUUCUUAAUGAUAAAUGUUCUAAUGAACUUUUUUCACAUAUGACAUUAAUUUUUUGCAUAAUUAUUGAUUAUAUUCAUUCUACUAGUGGACAUAUUGUAUUUAAAAAAAAUGAUUUACAUAAUCUAGUACCAAACUUGCGUUUACUUAUUGAAUAUGUUGAUAAAAAUAAACAAAAUUCAAAUAAAACUUGUAUUCCUACAACAGUAAAGUAUAUUUUACUACUUUUUUGGACAUUAGCUGAUAAGACAAUAUUAGUUCCAACUUUAAUUGAAACAAAAUGUUCAAAUUAUGCUUUAAAAUGGAUUUCAAUGCAAGAUUUAUCGCUUGAUAUUCAACGUAUAUGUAUGCAUAUAUUAUAUAAUUUAGCACGACAUGAACAAGGUGCUGAAGCAUUAAAUAAUGCUAAUGGUAUAAACAUACUUAAAGAAUUUCAACAACGAGUACUUAAACCAAAUAAAGAUAAUAAUGAUGAAUUAUACACAGAAUUACGUUUAUUUUAUUGCAUGAUUUUAUCAUUAAUAACUGAACCAAAAGAAAAUCAAGAAGAUUUAAAUAAUCUUCGUCAAAUUCUUGAUCAACUUAUGGAAUUAAUUAUUGAUGGUGGACAAUCAGUAGAUAAUAGAUGUAAAGGAUUUCAUGUUAGUGAACCAAUUGUUGUUUUAACUAAACUUUGUGUACAUGAUAAAAUAUUACAAUAUGUAUUAAAUGAAUCAUCUAUUAAAAAUCUAAAAGCUAAAUCUAGAAUCGAUUUUUUUUGUGAACUAUUAAUAAAAUUUCGUGGAGCAUUAGCAAGUGAAAAUGAUCUUGAUCAAUUAUCGUUAACAGCUUUAUUUAAUAUUUUAUGGAGUAUAUCAUUUCAUGAUGAAUAUAUUGAAGAAUUAAAAUCAAAUUCAAAAUUCUUAAUUACUGUUAAAAGUUUAGCAAAUGAUCAUGGAGAAGCUUGGGUUGAACAAUAUGUUCCUAAACAUAUGUCAUGUGUAUCAAAGGCAGCCAAUGGAGUAUUAUGGAAUCUUGAUGAAAAUAAUCCAGCUCGAAGUAUUCGAACAACAACCAUACCAGAAACAAAAAAAACACUUCAAACUGAUAUUAACAUAAUUGAUCGAACGCGUGUGAUGAUUAGUUAUUCACAUGCUGAUAAAGAAUUUUGUCAUCAAUUUGUUGAUGCACUUCAGAAAGAUAGUCGCCUGCAAGUUUGGGUAGAUUUUGCAUAUUGUCAUACGGAAGACUUUUGGGAAGAAAUAGCUGAAGCUAUUGAGCAAUCGAAUGUUAUUCUUUUUUUAAUGUCAAAAGAUUAUCAAGAUAGUAAAUCAUGUAGACAAGAAGUGAUGUAUGCAAAAGAUGUACUUAAAAAGCGUUUUAUUCCAAUAUAUGUCAAAAAAGAUUUUGUAGCAACUAGUUGGUUAGGUGUACGUAUUGUUGGUCCACAAUAUAUUCGUUUUGAAAAAAAAUCAUUUGAUGAUACAAUUGAAGAAGUUAUUAAACUUAUUAUUGAAGAUAAAAAACAACAAAAAUCUGAUAAAAAUAAAGUAACUGAACCUUCAACUACUUCUCCUCCGAUCAUUGACAAUAAAUCAAUCGAAGAUAUCAAGAAUGAAACGAAAUCUACUGAAGAUAAUCAUAUUAAAUCUAAUCGAAAUUACUCAAAAAUACCAGUAGAACAAUGGAAAAAAGAAAAUAUUGCACAAUAUUUUGAUGAUAAUUAUAUUCAUCAAGAAUUAAUUGAUUUGUAUGAUUUUCGACAUGGUAUAGAUCUUCUUCUCUAUAUACAAUGUCUUCGACCUGAUUGGCAAAUUGAAUAUAAUGCUAUAAGUGAACGAUAUGAAGAAAAGUAUAAUACAAAAUUAUAUCGUGAUCAAUUUAUUCGUUUUGUCGGUGCUGUUCAUCGAUUAGAAUCAUCAAAUUCAAAAUCAUGUAUUAUCUCCUAG